AAUGAAAGUUAACAUUUUUGUGCAAGUCUUAAUCGUAUGCUCCCUCUACGAGCUGGCUGUGUCGCAGAGUGCUGCUGACUUGGCUGCCUAUGCGAACAAGCAGCAGGAGUGCAUCAAAGAGCUGAAAAUUCCGGCUAACGAAGCGACUCAAAUCACGGCCAACAAGGAUGUGUCGAAUCCGUCCGCUGCUUACAAAUGCUAUCACGACUGUCUAUACAAGAAAUUGGGUCUGAUGGCCGCAGAUGGUAAGGCUAACGAAGAGAGAAUUGUGAAAUAUGCCCAGGCUCGAUUCAGUGCGUCGGUGGACAAGAUCAAGACCAAGCUCACUGAAUGCAUGACUGGCGUGAAAAAGGUUCCAAAUGCCUGCCAACAUAUCUACAACUUGGAGCUCUGCAUGUCAAAGGCACUCACAGCUUAAAUAUAUGGAGCAGGGGCCGAAUGCACUUUGCAUAAAUGACAAGCGUACAGCGCGGCAAUCACGCAGCGAAAUCCGUUAAAUAAUAAAGUUAUUUUACAAUAUUAACGCA